AUGAUAAGAAGCUAUGGUUGCAGCCUUACUCGUGGUAUUGGCCCUGCUGCUAAUAUUGCCAAAGGUGGAACAGUGACUCAGUCCUCCCUGGGGUGGGAUGGUGUCCCCGAAAGAGCUAUUGAUGGAAAUAGUGCUAGCAUAUGGGGAAAGAGAUCCUGUACACACACAUCAAGAGAAACCAAACCGUGGUGGAGACUGGAUCUCCUUAAGGAGUAUAAAAUCAACACGGUCACCAUCACCAACAGAAAAGACUGUUGCCACGAAAGGAUCAAUGGUGCUGAGAUCCGCAUUGGAAAUUCCCUCAAUGACAAUGGCAACGCUAAUCCCAGAUGUGCUGUUAUAUCAUAUAUCACAGCUGGGGGCACCACAACAUUUGAGUGCAAUGGAAUGGAAGGCCAGUAUGUAAACAUUGUGAUUCCUGGAAGACAAGAAUUCCUGACACUGUGUGAAGUACAAGUCACAGGUCAACCUUCUGCUGCUAAUAUUGCCAAAGGUGGAACAGUGACUCAGUCCUCCCUGGGUGAGGGUGGUGUCCCCGAAAGAGCCAUUGAUGGAAAUAGUGCUAGCAUAUGGGGAAGUAGAUCCUGUUCACUCACAUUAAGAGAAACCAAACCGUGGUGGAGACUGGACCUCCUUAAGGAGUAUAAAAUCAACACGGUCACCAUCACCAACAGAAAAGACUGUUGCCACGAAAGGAUCAUAGGUGCUGAGAUCCGCAUUGGAAAUUCCCUCAAUGACAAUGGCAACGCUAAUCCCAGAUGUGCUGUUAUAUCAUAUAUGAUAGCUGGGGGCACCACAACAUUUGAGUGCAAUGGAAUGGAAGGCCAGUAUGUAAACAUUGUGAUUCCUGGAAGACUAGAAUUCCUGACACUGUGUGAAGUACAAGUCACAGGUCAACCUUCUGCUGCUAAUAUUGCCAAAGGUGGAACAGUGACUCAGUCCUCCCUGGGUGAGGGUGGUGUCCCCGAAAGAGCCAUUGAUGGAAAUAGUGCUAGCAUAUGGGGAAGUAGAUCCUGUUCACUCACAUUAAGAGAAACCAAACCGUGGUGGAGACUGGACCUCCUUAAGGAGUAUAAAAUCAACACGGUCACCAUCACCAACAGAAAAGACUGUUGCCACGAAAGGAUCAUAGGUGCUGAGAUCCGCAUUGGAAAUUCCCUCAAUGACAAUGGCAACGCUAAUCCCAGAUGUGCUGUUAUAUCAUAUAUGAUAGCUGGGGGCACCACAACAUUUGAGUGCAAUGGAAUGGAAGGCCAGUAUGUAAACAUUGUGAUUCCUGGAAGACUAGAAUUCCUGACACUGUGUGAAGUACAAGUCACAGGUCAACCUUCUGCUGCUAAUAUUGCCAAAGGUGGAACAGUGACUCAGUCCUCCCUGGGUGAGGAUGGUGUCCCCGAAAGAGCCAUUGAUGGAAAUAGUGCUAGCAUAUGGGGAAAUAGAUCCUGUACACUCACAUUAAGAGAAACCAAACCGUGGUGGAGACUGGACCUCCUUAAGGAGUAUAAAAUCAACACGGUCACCAUCACCAACAGAAAAGACUGUUGCCACGAAAGGAUCAUAGGUGCUGAGAUCCGCAUUGGAAAUUCCCUCAAUGACAAUGGCAACGCUAAUCCCAGAUGUGCUGUUAUAUCAUAUAUGAUAGCUGGGGGCACCACAACAUUUGAGUGCAAUGGAAUGGAAGGCCAGUAUGUAAACAUUGUGAUUCCUGGAAGACUAGAAUUCCUGACACUGUGUGAAGUACAAGUCACUGGGACAGAAUAA